CGUUACAACUUUGUUAUCCCCAAGCCCAGAUGCCUCACACCAAAAAUCUCAACAGAAAAAAAUUUCUCUCCUCUUCUCUUCCAAUGAAAAAUUUCCCCAAUUCUUAGAAACCCUAGAACUUCUCUUUCUCUCCCAUCUUUUUUUCUCUAGAUUUUAGGUUUGACUUUUCUCAGAUUGAAUUUUCAACUCUCUAAUGGGAUAGAUCAAAUAGUUCCUCUUAUUUAAUUUCAAGUUUUUGGUGCUCUAUACAUUGAUUUCAACUUGCUUUAAUUUAUAGAAGAAAGGAAAACUUUUCCCAGAUUGAUUGAUUGAUUGAUUGUUUUAUAUAUGGACGGAUUUGAAGGCGGUGGUGGGAGUAGUAGGAGUUUUAUGGAAUUCGGUGACAACCGACCUGCAGAAGAAAAAUUUGAUGCUUCGCAGUAUGCAUUCUUUGGUAAUGAUGUUGUUGAAGAAGUUGAACUGGGAGGAUUGGAAGAUGAAGAGGAUGAUAGUCUUCCUCCGGUUGGGUUUGAUGAUGAAGAGUAUCAAUUAGGCCGAGAAGAGGGUGGAGCUUUUGGAUCUUUAUCUGAGAUUGAUGACCUUAGCAACACAUUUUCCAAGUUUAACAAGGAUGAUGGUGGCGCCAUAAGGCCAGGAUUUAUUGGUGAUCGGGAAUACAGAGAGAGCUCAUCAGCUGUUGAGUGGUCACAAGAUGCAGAAUUUCGUAAUUGGAUUGACCGGAAAGCUCUUGAUGGGGGUGAAAUCAAUGACAGCAAAAGAUGGCCAUCAGUGCCAUAUUCUUCUGCUGCUCACCUUUUGGAAUCAAAUACUUUGUACAGGACUUCCUCAUACCCUGAGCAACAACAGCAACAUGAAUAUCAGCAGCAAACCCUGAACCACCACUACUCCAGUGAACCAGGACUCAUCCCAGAAUUGCCUUUCCCUUCAUUCCCUCCUAGUGCAAGGCAUCCACAAGCCUCCGCAAAUAACCAGUUACGGAACCCAAAUGGUCCAAAUCAUCCCGGUGGACAGCAAAUGCCAGUUUCCUCUCCGAACUUUUCUCCCUUCUUAAACACUGCAAAUCAAUUAACUGCCUCGCAUCUUGGCCCGCAGUAUGGUGGAAAGUUUGCUCAGGGCACGCCUGCUGGGCUUCCCCUUCAUAAUCAAAUUCCAAGCCAAUGGUUGAAGCAGUCUACUUUAUAUCCAGGGGAGCAAUCAAGCAUGACCAGUAAUAUGAUGCCCCAGCAGUCACAUCGCCAAAAUGGUUUCGCGCCACCACAUGGGGGGCUGCAGCUACCCCAGCAACCUGGCCAACAGCACCCCUUGCAUCCACCCUAUGGCCGUUUGCCAGGGUUGCAGUCUCAACUUAUUAAUCACCAUAUGUCUCCACCCUCGCAGAUGAUGAACAAUUUUGAUAUGCUUGGGUUGGCUGAUUUAAGAGAUCAAAAGGCAAAACUAAUGCUGAGAGGCAGACAGGGCAUGCAUUACCCUCAACUAGGCUUUGACAUCAGUAGCCAGAGAAAUGUUAGCGCAUGGCCAAGAUUUAGAUCCAAGUACAUGUCAACAGAUGAAUUAGAGAAUAUUCUUAGAGCACAGCUGGCUGCUACCCAUAGCAAUGAUCCUUAUGUUGAUGAUUAUUAUCACCAAGCUUGUCUGGCCAAAAAGUCUGCUGGUGCAAAGUUGAAGCACCAUUUCUGCCCAAAUAAUUUGAGGGAUGGUAGUGCUCGAAGUCGUGCUAAUACUGAUCCACAUCCUUUUCUCCAGGUUGAUGCUCUUGGAAGAGUUGCUUUCUCUUCUAUUCGCAGGCCCCGACCACUUCUUGAAGUUGAUCCACCAAAAUCAUCUGCUACUGGAUGCAUUGAACAGAAAAUGUCUGAGAAACCCCUGGAGCAAGAGCCAAUGCUAGCAGCUAGGGUGACUAUUGAGGAUGGACUCAGUCUUCUUCUCGAUGUUGAUGAUAUUGACCGGUUCCUACAGUUUAACCAGCUUCCAGAUGGAGGAGAUCAGUUGAAACGCAGGCGGCAGGUUCUGCUUGAGGAUUUGGCCUCAUCACUUCAGCUAGUUGACCCCCUUGGCAAAAGUGUCCACACUGUGAAUUUGGCUGCUAAAGAUGAUGUUGUCUUCUUGAGGAUCGUCUCACUUCCCAAGGGCCGGAAACUGCUAGUACGGUACCUUCAGCUUCUUUUCCCUGGAAGUGAACUGACCAGGGUGGUUUGCAUGGCUAUUUUCCGUCAUCUAAGGUUCUUGUUUGGUGGGAUUCCAAGUGAUCACGGUGCAACCGAGACUACUGUGAACCUUGGAAGGACUGUGUCGCUUUGUAUUUGUGAAAUGGAGCUCAAAGCACUCGCUGCUUGUCUUGCAUCAGUGGUUUGUUCAGCAGAGCCUCCUCCGCUCCGUCCUGUUGGAAGCCCUGCUGGAGAUGGGGCAUCUGUUGUUCUAAAAUCUAUUCUUGAGAGGGCGACUGAGCUCUUAAGAGAUCCCCAUGCAGCUGGCAAGUGCAGCAUGCCUAAUAGGGCAUUCUGGCAGGCCUCGUUUGAUGCAUUUUUUGGGUUACUCACGAAAUACUGUUUCAGCAAAUACGACACUGUAAUGCAAUGUUUCUUGACACAAGGCCCACCGGAUGUGGCUGUUAGUGGAUCUGAUGCAGCCAAAGCUAUUAGUAGGGAGAUGCCUGUUGAACUUUUGCGUGCGAGUCUUCCUCACACUAGUGAACAACAGAGAAAGGUCCUGUUAGAAUUUGCACAUAGGUCCAUGCCUGUGCUAGGUGUUGGUAGCCAAAGUGGGGGAAGUGGUGGUACAUGAUUUUUAUUGGAGAUUGAUAUCAGGUAUUUGAUGUUCCCUUGAAGAUUGUCAUGAGGUAUGUCAAAACGCGCUGGUUCAUGGAUUGCUUUCCUUGGCACAUGUGGUGUUUAUGACAAAUCAUUGUUGGAGUUGCAGGACAUGGAGUCGGAUCAUCUGUAAUAUUCUGGUCGGAGAGCAAGAAACUUCAUUCUCUUUAGACAUGGAUGUGGUCAUCCCUGUUGGUACUGUGCUGCUUCAGACAAAGUUGUGAAGUAGGCUGUUGCUGUAAUAUGUUCUAGUUUUCUUUUUAAUCUGGAGUUUUAUCGUAUGCUGUUUUCUCAUCCAUGAUAGUCCUAUUUUCUGAGGGAUUUUUAGUAUAACUUUGUACAGUGUUCAACUAGAGAAAACAUUCAGCUUCUAGUUUUGGAGGAUAUGGGGAGGAAUUUGUUAUAAGUUCCCAAUGUUUGAUAAUUAUGUGAAUGACUGUUGAAGCUUUGGAACAGUUGAUGGUGGGUACCAUGUUCCAGAGUAUGCUAUAAGAAAAUAUUCAAGAAGUUGAAUAUGAGGGAAGUCUAGUUAUUCCCUGUGAAAUUGAUCCAAGGACAGGUAUUCAGUUUCAAGGUGCAAAUUGUUGAGCUAAAGCUCAAUUCAUUGCCUUUUGAGAGGUAAUGUUUUGCCUUGAGCCUGAGAUAUUCAGACUAGAGAAGCUGUGACUAAUAUCAAAUACAGCCAGGGAAGAUAGUUUUAACAGAAAAUAAAAUCCUCAGUACGUAAAAUAGCGCCUGGGGCUUUGCUUUAGAGGCAAGAGCAUAGUGCCUUGGUGUAUUGGUUAGGUACAUGUUACGAGUUUGAACCACAGUAUGGAUGAAAGCCUGGUAUUUAAGUGUAGAAGAGUUUGAACCACUAUAUCUUGCUUACAAAUUGUUGUGGCUUGUAAUGCUAGCAAGAUACAGUAGAGCAUGAAUUGCACUAGGAUAUAUGGUGUACUUCAAGAUAAACAAUUUUGUCAUUGAGGUCGGAAUGAAUUCUUAUUCACAUCA